AUGAACUCCAUACUCUCAACCAGUCGUAUUUUUCCUGGCAUGAAGCGUCGCCAUCGCCCCAAGAGCAAACCAGAGAUUUCUUCGCCCAGAGCUAAACCCCUUGACAUUCUCCCCGAACUCUCAGAGGAGGACGAGGGCCGCCAAUCGUUCUCUUCGGUAUCAUCAUUCGAUUCUACGCUACCGAAGUACUAUGCUAGCCGUAGCGUGGGUGGAAGCGCUACCCUUGGAAACCGCCUUAGCGUGGCGGAGCGCAAGCGCGAUUCACGCCGAGUCGUACUCACGGGAGCAGAGGGUCUUUCCUUCGAAGACUUCUUUCCGAGCUCCAGCGCUCCCCAGCGACCUCCACCAGCACCAGCACCUCUGUUGUUACCAGACAAUGUUUCCUCCCGCGAGUCCCCGCUGGACGACAUCAACCUCAGAUUCUCCGGCCUCGGCAUCUCCCUCGAUUUUCCAUCACCACCACCCGACAGGUCGAGCUCUAGCAUUCACCCUCUCGUGCCGAAUCGUCCAACUCACUCACCCACUCCAUCCAUGUCAAGCAUUCACACAUACAACACCUCCUCUAGCAGCUCUAGCUCUCGGUCUAGGGCAAUCGAGCUCACCCCACCUACGUCGGAGGAUGAGUGUCUUUCGAGCCUCAAACGAGCGCCGGCCCUUAAGUCCCGUCGCGCGUCAGUUUUGUUCAUGAAGUCGGUGCCAGACCUCAACCAUGCCAGUGUUAGCGCCUCUGCAGCUGAAGAAGACGUGGACGAAGAUGCUAAGUGGUUCGCGCACGACAUUAGCGACGUUGUCGCGUUUUCGUCCCGAGAUUUGCCAUCCUUUUCCGCAUCCUUGGCCGCCAGUUCUUCGCGUGCAGAUCCAUCGGCUCGCCCGGACUCACUUGUAUUACCGACUCGCACUGGCCGUAGCAGACACAGUAAGCCGCUCCCGAAUCUGCCCCGCCGGCCGAGUCUCCAACUGGAUCCGACGUUCCCUCACCGGCGGAAAUCCUUCCUGAUCCCCGAUCGCCCUCCGCCGCCUCCGCCGAUCGUGGUAUCACCCUCGUCUAUGGAGGAGGAGACGGAGGAGCUGCUGGCACAGCUGGCUAGCGCUGCUCUAAACAGCGGAUUUGUGGGAACUGGUCUCGUCUCUCGUGGCGACGGCUACUUGACACCAGUCUCGAUGCCUCCGACGCCUAGCAGCACCUACAUUGUCUCGACACCGCAUCUGCGCCCACCGCCACGUACGUCGCUCCCCGCGGACAUUCACGACCUCCCCGACGAAGCACCGUGGACACCGGGCGCGGGAGAGGUGGAGGUGGAGAUCAGUCCUGAGAUCGAGGGCGAGAACGCGCAGGGCUGGCCAUCAACGCCACAGAGCGUGAGCGUGUACUCGCAGGCGAGCAUGAGCGUCGACACUCUACAGCUAUCGCCUAUGUCGUCGUUCGAUUUUGAAGUAGAGAUUGUCCCUGGCGAGUGCCCUGCCAUCCCGGACACACCGGCGGCACGGAUCCGCCCGCGGGAGGGCGCUCAGCCGGAUCGCGUGCUACGUUCGCGCUGGUCCUCGUCGACUCUUGGGUCCGCGGUUGAGCGACCGUCGUCUGCAUCGUUCUGGAUCCCCCGGUUUAACCUCUCGCCGACGAAGAAGAACGCAGCCAAACGUAUAGACCCACAGAAAACCCCCGUGAGCCCGGGGAAACAGUCCUUCGAGUCCGACGCAGGGAUGAAUAGGCGGGAAAGCAGGAAUUCGCGGAUGAGCAGCGAUAGUGGCGAUAGUUCCGCUAGCUGUGGACUCAGGAGGAAACCGAUACCUGUGGAAAUCUUCAUGCGGUGA